CAUUCCAUGGGCUUCAUGAAGGCCGUAUCUAACCAAUCCAGCGUUCUUGGACCGAGCUGGCCGUGAGGUGCAUUCACUCGGGCAGCUUCUAAAGUGAUGAGCUACUAAUGAUGGUUUCAACCACGGAUCGUGUCAGCCAAUUGAGCCUCGGAAAAUCCGCAGGUGUACAAGCCAGACAGGUACGUGUUACUUUGAUUCGUCCCCCAUUGCGUUUUCUUUUCCGGAUUGGUAUACUGCCCCAGUAUACCAGCGUUGCCUUGGGCACUCGGCAUGCGGGGUGUAAAACACUAGGUUUGUACUCGACAUUUCCCAUGGCUUUAAAUACUUUCUCCCCUGUGUUCUUUGUCCCGCUUUGGUCAGUGAUACCACCAGUGAUGGUCUUUGUGGCGUCUUUCUGCUGUACUCGAUCGAGGCGUUAUCGUGUUAUAUCCCCAAAUAGCUUCCACGCAGGCGUGAUAGGCUGGUUUGGUUUAAUCUGCCUUGCGUCUCAUUCCCUUGGGAGUGAUAAAUGACAUCUUUCUUUUCUCCUUGAUGAUUUCUGUGCUUCCUAGGGAUAUCAGAUCCAGGAAGUUGCUAUCAGUCUGGGGGCUGCCGGGGAAGAAAAAUCCCGGAGGCCAUCAUUGAUUCUACUGUCAGAAAAGAAAGCAUCUUGCUCGUGUUUAUAAAUCUAGCUGUGGUGGGGGAUACGAUUUCAAUGACUGUGCAAUGCGGAUGUUGUUGUUCCUAAAA